CCUGGGAAAACAGAAGCCCCUUCCUGCCCUCCACUGUCCUCUCAUACCGAGACCCUCAGCUCAAGCAGCAGAACACCGCCUCCAGGCAGCCACAGCCCUAACCUGGAUCCUAGAACAUCCUGACUCUUGUGCCCUAUCCCAUUAGACUCUCAGGUUGCAGCUUCCCCGGGGAGCCGCUCACCUUUCCGGAGUGGGGGAGCCUCCCCGAGCCCCGGGCGCGGACCCGGCGCCCAGCCCCGCGGCCCCAGGACACGCGCGGCCCCACUGCCUGGCCCCUGCUGACCAUGAACAAGAUGAAGAACUUCAAGCGCCGCCUCUCCCUGUCAGUGCCUCGCACCGAGACUAUCGAGGAGUCCUUGACUGAGUUCACAGAGCAGUUCAACCAGCUACACAAUCGACGCAAUGAGGAUCUGCAGCUCGGGCCUCUCAGCAGAGACCCCCAGCCAGAGACCAGCACCUUCUCCCCGACAGACAGCGGGGAGGACCCUGGGCAGCCGUCCCCUGGCAUGCAGUACCGGCGGCAGAACCAGCGCCGCUUCUCCAUGGAGGACAUCAGUAAGAGGCUGUCUCUGCCUAUGGACAUCCGCCUACCCCAGGAAUUCCUGCAGAAGCUACAGCUGGAGAGUCCAGACCUGCCCAAACCACUCAGCCGCAUGUCCCGCCGAGCAUCCCUGUCAGAUAUUGGCUUUGGGAAACUGGAAACAUACGUGAAGCUGGACAAACUGGGGGAGGGUACCUAUGCCACAGUCUUCAAAGGGCGCAGCAAACUGACGGAGAACCUGGUGGCCCUAAAGGAGAUCCGGCUGGAGCAUGAGGAGGGGGCGCCUUGCACUGCCAUCCGAGAGGUGUCUCUACUGAAGAACCUAAAGCACGCCAAUAUUGUGACUCUGCAUGACCUCAUCCAUACGGAACGGUCUCUUACCCUGGUGUUUGAGUACCUGGAUAGUGACCUGAAGCAGUAUCUGGACCACUGCGGAAACCUCAUGAGCAUGCACAAUGUCAAGAUUUUCAUGUUCCAGCUGCUCCGGGGCCUUGCCUACUGCCACCGCCGCAAGAUCCUGCACCGAGAUCUGAAACCACAGAACCUGCUCAUUAGUGAGAGGGGGGAGCUGAAGCUGGCUGACUUUGGACUGGCCCGGGCCAAGUCAGUACCCACGAAGACCUACUCCAAUGAGGUGGUGACCCUGUGGUACAGGCCCCCGGAUGUGCUGUUGGGGUCCACGGAGUACUCCACCCCCAUUGACAUGUGGGGCGUGGGCUGCAUCCACUACGAGAUGGCCACGGGGAGGCCCCUCUUCCCCGGCUCCACGGUCAAGGAGGAGCUGCACCUCAUCUUCCGACUCCUCGGGACCCCGACGGAAGAGACGUGGCCCGGCGUGAUGGCCCUGUCCGAGUUCAGAGCCUACAGCUUCCCUCAGUACCUGCCGCAGCCGCUCAUCAGCCACGCUCCCAGGUUGGACACUGACGGCCUCCACCUCCUGAGCAGCCUCCUCCUGUACGAAUCCAAGAGUCGCAUGUCAGCCGAGGCGGCCCUGAGUCACCCCUACUUCCGGUCUCUGGGAGAGCGUGUGCACCAGCUUGAAGAUAGAGAUCCAGCUCCAGAAGGACCCAGGCUACCGGGGCCUGGCCUUCCAGCAGCCAGGACGAGGGAAGAGCCGGAGGCAGAGCAUCUUCUGAGCCGUGCCCACCCUGCUGCGGCCCCAGGGACGAGAGGUCACAGCAAGCACGACCGCAGGCAGGAUGGGGUCUGCGUGGCUCUGGGCGGACAGAGGAGCCAGGGCUGGUGGCUGGCCCAGAAGACCUUUUGGCAGCUCUGCCGGCCACGGCUGUUUCUCUUCCACUUCGCACAUGCCUCCCCUGCAGCCUUCACCCAGACAUUAACCCCUCUGUCACCUGCCCUGGCACUGGGCAUGAGCUGCUUUCCCAGGAGGAGAGAAGGGGGCAGGGAGGGACCUCAGACCCUUUCCCACCCUGAGGUGCUCGGGCAGCAGCGUGGGACCCACACAGACGGGAGAAUCCAGGUGCCAGGCUGAGCACUGAGCCCUGAACAUGGGCACCACCAUGCCUCCCCACCCAGGAGCUGCCUGCCCACUCAUCACUCACUUUCUUCCCCUCUGAGAGCAGGAAGUGACAUGGCACCUUGUCCAGGACCCCGGAAUCCUGGGUGCCAGUGUGUGUGCCAAAGCCCACCGCCCCACCCAAAGGGAGGGUGUCCCCAGAGCAACAGAGUAGGAGCCUAUCCCUUCUUUGCCACUUCCUCAUCCUGUCCCCAUUCCCCACUCUUGGCCAGAAGCCCCGUAUGCUGCUGGGUACCCCACUGAGUCCAGAGGUGGCUUGGUACCACCCGCUGCACUCCUGCCACCUCAGCUGGCUCCUGCCCAUCUCCCCAGCGUGAACGGGAUUGCCUUAAAUUGACAGGUGGUAGAUCACUCACUGACCCAAGCUCCUACCUGUCCACCCUUUCCCAAGAGUGGCCCUUGCUUAUCUUGCCCAGGCACUGAUAAGCCAGCCCUGGACUAGGGUCCUGGGGACAAUGCCCAGAUAUGCAGGGUUACCCUGAAACUGGUGCCAGGCCAGCCUUGGCUCCUUGGGGCUAGCACAGCCUCCCCCCCGCCCUUCCCUCUUUCUCAGCCACUAUGGCCCAGUCCAUGCUCUACCCAGUCCUGGCACCAGCCUCCCUGUGCCCCUGGCCUCCCCAGAGGGCAGGGUGUAAAUGUCACAGUCUGAGGUAGAGGAAGGUGGGAUAGGAGGCACAGGCUUUGAUCCUGAGAACCCCGCCCUAGGGGGCUGGGAAUAUGAGGGCCGCAGCCCCAAAGAAGGCACCCCUCACCACCCCUGCCAAGCACGCCUGUUAUAUUCCCCAGGUCUCCUCAACACUUGGCUGAAUCUCGAAUGACAAGGCCAAGGGGAGGCCAGGCCCGGCUUUUCUACACAAGCCCCCUGCCCAGCCCAACCCCUCAGCCCCAGGAGCAGCCCUGGGGACUCUUGGUCUCCCUCAAGUCCCCCCCUUCCCCCACUGUACUGUGAAUAUCCCGUGACUCAGCACAAAGACAGAUAAUAUAUUUAAUUCAUGUACAGAAAAGA